AUGGCCCAGCCGGACUUUGCCUACAGACCAUCAACCAUGUCCAACGGACCGUGGAACUCGACGCGGAGUUCAAUGUACAAUGAUACAUUCCCGCCCGCUGGAGGGUUUGACAACAACUAUUAUCGCUCAUCAAGCGUGUCUGCAUACUCGCCCGGAGCCAGUAACUACAACCUGCCGAUCGGAACAAAUGCCCAUGCUCCCGCUGCCGCCGCCGCCGUCGCCCCUGCGUACGGAUCGCGCCCGGCUUCUAGCACAUACGGCACCAGUGGUGCCGCUGCUGCCUAUGGCUCGUACAAGAGUACGAACUCCCAGGCGUGGGACCACCAGGAGAGAUACUCCCCAACGGACUCGGUCGACGACAUUAUUGCAUCCCCAAACCUGUCUGACUACUCCCUCGAGAAUGGAGCCGGCGCCACACCCCCGAGCAAGGGAAAAGUGAAUGGGAAGGGUCGGCCCCAGCGUAGACCGUCUAACCGCGACGAAUUCGACGGCCCGCAUCAGUUUCUCGCCCGCCCGCCACCAGAAUACAUCGCCAUGCAAGAGCGCGAACUACCUCACCUGCCUACAAACCUGCACGUGCAGGAGCAGGACCUGGUCCUCACUCAAGUAAACGACCGCCUCUCGCAAUGCGCCUACGAUUUUGUUGCGAAAUACCAGUUUCCAAUUCCCUUGACGCAAGACAUGCGACCUGUAGAGAGGCCACAGGACCGGGAAUGGACCGAGUGGGUCUAUCUCUUGAAGCGACUGGCAACGAAGCGCCGUAUCCCGGCGCGGGUGCUUUACAACGGACAGAUCAAGCAGUUUGUCACGAUCCUUGAGAACUCUUUGGAGAUGCGGCAUGCGGCCAAGCACCAGAGCCGACCAUUGAAGGACGACCGCAAUAUUUUACAACUCAUUUCGGCGGGCAUCCAGGUGGCCAAGAUCCUCAAGGACGCGAGCGCUAUGGACUACCUCGACCGACUAUACGUUUCUACGGAGAAGCAGAUCCAAGACCGCGCGGCCGCGCGGUUCAGAAGCUAA